UCAAGCUCACACAACAACAUCACCACGAUCACCACAAACCUAGUAUAAAAUGGGGCUCUGCAUGUCUAGCGGUGGCGCGGCGGCAGCAGUGCGGGCAGAGGGGGAGCCUGCCUCCACGGCUAUGGUACUGAUGCCAACCGGGGAGCUGCGGGAGUACCCGCGCCCUGCCACAGCGGCGGAGGCGCUCGAGGACAACUCCGUGGCUGGGGACGCCGGCUGGUUCCUGUGCGACGCCGACGCGAUGGGCUUCGAGGGCCCCGUGGCCGCAGUCGCCGGGGCCGAGGAGCUCCGCCCGGGGCAGAUCUACUUCGUGCUCCCCGCCGAGGCCCGUAAGAACGGGCUACGGCGCGAGGACCUCGCCGCGCUCGCCGUCAGGGCGUCGGCGGCGCUCGUCAGUAAGGCCAGCGCCAACGCAUCCGGCAGCGCAGGGCGGAGGAGGCGGGCCGGCUCUGUUUCGCCGCUCGUGUUCGCCCAGCCGCCGGAGGUGGACGGGACCCUCGCGUACAAGACCGUGCCGACGUUGGCGGCGAAGAGGCGGCCGGUGGCGCGCGCGAAGAGUGCCGGGAGGAUGCAGCGCUUUGCUCCUGAUCUGACCGCCAUUCCCGAGUGCGAGUGAACCAACACAAAGGCGUCGCGAUCGUAGCUAGAGGAAGAGAAAAAGAAGAAUCCAAAUCUCCCAUGCAAUGCAAGAUCGCUCGAAUAUGGAGGGGCUCCGACGAUUCCGGAAACAGAGCAAAGGAAGGUACCGCCAGGGCCAGCCGUGGGAUUUUGUUUCCACUUGCGGGCGAUGGCCGAUGGGGAGGUUGAUUAGAGUCUGUAAUUUGUAGGAGCAAAAUUUUGGUCGGUUUAGUCGAGUUUGUGGUCUCAAGUCUCAAGAGACAACGAAAUGUGAAUAUAAAUUCCCGA